AUGCCUGUAUCGCCUUCUUUUGCAUCGAGCAUAGAUUCGAUUAUCUCUCAUGAAACUAUGUCUUUACCAAGAAACCCUCCGUUUAUAGAUACGCCGGACAAAAUGCCCAAUCCAGCGGCUUCGCCCCAUAGCACGCUUCACCAUUUGAUAGACCCAACGUUGCCUCUGCUGUCCAGCACCACGUCGUCCUCUCGCUCGACCCUCAGUUCUGCAUUGAAUUCCCCCCCGCCUCCGCCAUUGGUCACUUCGUACUCCUCUUAUAACUCUUCUGCAUGCCAAUCCAUCACGAGUUCCCCUACCGACAACACGACUCUUACACAUAGUUCCAAGUUUUAUUUCCCUCACAGUCUCUCGCCCACACCGCUGUCUUCGAACAACUCGAGUCACGUCAUUUUACCACCCAUCUCUUCGUUCACCAACCUGAUCACCGCAGCAGAAAGAGAGUUCAACGGCAGAUCAAAUUCCUUGCACGCCAAUUUCACCGCCCCUGUCCCAAGAACCGUGCUGGAUCAUCAAAGACAUGAGUUGACGUUGUGCAACCCCAACAUCGCGACUGCCGUCAAGACCACUACGCCCUCGCCACCGGCUCAACAUCAGAAUAUACUGCCACCUACAGUGGACAACAUACCGAGAUCGAAAUCAGUAUCCAGUCUGCCUGCGAACGGCUUCCCACCACUGGUGGCCAAACAACACCAGCAAGCCAGCACCAGCACCAGCGCCUCUACCCUACCGUGUAUUCAUUCCCCAUUAACCAAUGAACACACGAACAAGUAUUCCUCGUCGCUGAAGGAUUCGGCAAAGAUAACCAAGCAAAGAAAGAAAAAGGAAUGCCCCAUAUGCCACAACUUCUACGCCAAUCUAUCGACACACAAAUCCACCCAUUUGACCCCAGAGGACAGACCGCACAAGUGCCCCGUCUGCCAACGUGGCUUUGCCAGGAACAACGAUCUUAUAAGGCACAAGAAACGCCAUUGGAAAGACGAAUUCAUGCAGAUAUAUGCAAGGGACCCCAACAGCAUCAGCGGUACUGACGAUGCUGACGACAUCGCCCGCGCCUCCUCAAGCAACGGCGACGACUCAGACGAUAAAUCGGCAGCCUCGUCUUCCGAGGAGACGAAACUACUGAAAAAAAACCAACUAAAAUCACUGUACAAGAUCAAAGGUGCGUUCAAGUGUCCUUACAAUUCCACUUUGAUAAACUUGGACAUGGAAGUGUAUCCGCACAAAACCCAAUCGCUCUAUUUUGAGCCAAUAAAUUGCCAUCAAACAGGCGUCUUUUCCCGCUGUGAUACUUUCAAAAACCACUUGAAGGCCUUGCAUUUUGAAUACCCGCCCAAAACUAAGAAGGAAGAUAGAAGUAUUGUCCCGGGCAAGUGCAAGCAUUGCGGGCUACAGUUCCCCAAUGUCGAUGUCUGGCUGAAUAAACACGUAGGGAAGGGAUGCGGCUACGAAUACCACUAG